GAUGCAUUUACUUUCCGUAUCAGAGAUUCAUUUCAUCAGUCCAGCCUCCAGGCAGCGCCAAAUGGAACAAACGAACAUUUUGAAACAGCCACCUCAUCCGUACCUUAUCAAAUGGAAGGAAUUUGAAGCCAAACAGCCUCUAUUCCCGCUAGAACUUAUCAAGAGGAUCACUAAACUAGUGGAGCUCGAUAAAGGCAAUUGUCACGUCAUGAACGAGUUGAUUCGACAAUGGUACAAAGAGAUUGCAAAUGACUACAUUGAGGAGAAUCAAAAGAUCAAUCCAUACUUCGGGCCGCCCAGUAACCUCAUGCAUCCUGAUAAUUCUUAUUCGAAUGAUAAAUAUAAUGCAUGGCCCUGUACAGCUGAGACACUAGAUUCAUACAGGGCUUGGGUCGAUAGCAGUAUACUCCCCGAUCUGGGGACUGUUGCUGAGUCCGUUUCAGCGCAACACCAAAUCAAGUUUGCCAGUCUAGGAGAACUUGGAGAUUCUGAAUGGCUUGAAGAAAAUCCAUGGGGCUAUCGUCAACCUGUUUAUAACAUGGGCUGCAAUCUAAGGAAUACGCUACCUGAUGAGGAAAAAGUUCAGGAAAUCACAGUAAAUUACAAAACGUUAUCUGAGGGCUCAGAAGACGCAUCGAAAGCCUUAUUAGACAAAGUCAUAGCUGUCUCGGACCGUCAUCCUAUCACCAAGAUAGUCGCUUUCGGACUUGGGCCACUCGACAGUCUCCCCUCGACAGAAUUUGCCUUUAAUGAGAAAAAAGCUUGCGUCUAUCAGCACGAGUUCGUCAUUUCCUUACAAGAGAAGUUAACAAGUAAAUACGACAGCCCAGUCCAGCUGGUAUUGCAGGAUACUUCUUACACCCCCGCGGCAAAGAAGGUCCUCGAAUCGCGGAACGAGAGCAAAGCUCCAUUCGUCACAUAUCACGAAGGCCUCAUUCACAUUGACGAUGCUACACUCGUCUUCUGGCAUUCCCUUGACGGCGCACUGCCUAUGCCACAGGUUUUGACGGGACUUCCUCUUCCUGCAGCCAUUAUUUGCGAAGAUCUUGAGAGAUAUAAACUGCUGAAGGAGGAAUUAGAACGGCAGGGGAGCCCACAUGGACGAUACAUCAUGCCAAGCAUGCAGCCUUCGCCGAGAAGCGAGAAGAUGUUCAAUAAGUAUGAUAGAUAUGAAGUUGAUUACAAGCUAGAUUCUGAUAGAUUGGGCGAGAUCCUAGUACCUGGUCAUAAGAGGCGGGAUCAUAUCAACACUAUCGACUUGUUUGUGCGCAGUGUUCGCGAAGACGUCAAUCCUGUGUACGUUGUUGCGAACUAG